UAUAUUGAGUGAGUACAAGCGAAGGUACCGGGUACGACAUUGUCCUUUUUUACAACAAUUAGGAAAGGAACAACAUCGCUGUAAAGCCCAUAAGGCCCGCUCAAACACCACCAAAAGGGAACUAAAUACCGAAAAUGUCUGCAAAUAAAGAUGGUGGAUGGAAGACCUUUAUCUGGAAUUCUGACAAGAAGGAGUUUUUAGGACGCACAGGCAGCAGUUGGUUCAAAAUCUUCAUCUUUUAUGUAGUCUUCUAUGGCUGCUUGGCUGGAAUUUUCAUUGGCACCAUCCAGGCCAUGCUCAUGACUCUCAGCAACUACAAGCCCACAUACCAGGACAGGGUUGCACCCCCAGGCUUGUCACACUCCCCGCGACCGGACAAAGCGGAGAUCAGCUUCUCCAUGAGCGAUAAUACGACUUACAGUGCAUAUGUGGACCAUAUGAAGGCGUUUCUGAAAGCAUACGAUAAACAACGCCAGAGUGAUGAAACCAAAUUUGAAGACUGCGGAGACACACCCCAAACCUAUAAGGAUCGUGGAGAACUGGAGGGCAGUCAAGGUGUGAGGAAGGCCUGCCGCUUCGAUAGGGAGUGGCUGAAGGAUUGCUCAGGACUGAAAGAUGACACAUUCGGCUUCAAAGAAGGCAAACCCUGCCUCAUCAUUAAACUCAAUAGGAUUGUGAAUUUCAGGCCGCGGCCUCCAGCUUCCAAUGACAGUAUCCCUGAGGCAAUCCGCCCUAACUUUCAUAGCAAUUUGAUUCCAAUCCACUGCACAAACAAGAGAGAAGAGGAUGCAAAACAUCUUGGACCGGUCAAUUUCUUCGGGCUGGGGCCUGGUUUUCCCCUCCAGUAUUAUCCUUACUACGGCAAGCUGCUACAUCCCAAUUACCUCCAGCCUCUGGUGGCCGUCAAAUUCAACGUCUCUGUGGAUACUGAAAUGCGCAUCGAGUGUAAAGUAUUCGGACAGAACAUCGCUUACAACGAGAAGGACCGUUAUCAGGGACGUUUCGAUGUCAAAAUCACCGUCAGGUCAUGACCUUAGCUAUAAAAAUAGCACUUUUUUUUUUCCUGCCCAUUUCAAAACACCGUAAUUUUAGAUGAAUAAAGAUGAGUACAAUUUCAAUUGGAAAAACAACUAUGACAACUAGUCUUGAACAAAGUUUCAUAACAUACGGGACCUACACUUAAUCUGUAUGCUUUACACUAGCUUUCUCUGCAUGUCUAGGGUUAGAAUGUAAAUUACAGGAAGAGUAGCAAUAGCAAAGUAUUUAUUCUACUGUAAAUGAGAAUAUUCCGUGAGCCAUGGGACAUUCAUUUAUUACUGUAAGUUAUAAUUCCACUACUGAUGUAGCGAGCAGUUUUUCUGUCCCCUGAAUAUUUCUGCCUAGUGUGGUCUCUUUAUGGAGUGUGCAGUGCAGUAGUCGCAUACAAUGGUCCUUUCCAAGCCAUGUUGUAAUUUCUGUUGUCUUAUGCGAGAAAGCCUUAGUGGUCCAAGGGGUGGGGGUGUGUGUGUGUGUGAGAGAAUUUGAGUGUGAAUGUGUGUAUUCGUCUACUUAAAAACUGAAAAACUGGCAUGGUACGCUCUGAACUCCCCAGGUCUGUGUGUGUGUGUAAGUGACUGCACUCCGUUCAUCCUUUUCCUUUUCUUUUUCCCUUUUUCUUUUAAUCUUUUCCAUUAAUUGUGGGGAAUGUUUUUACAUCACCUUUUGACCUUUUUAUGUGAUCGUCUUGCAAUUUGGGAAACUGGGGCUAUUGACAAUUCUGCGUAUGGCUUAUUAUUUUCCUUCUAUUAAGUGUAGAACUGUGUGUCUAGUCUGAAGGACUGAAGUGGUCACCAUGGCAACUCAGUGCUUUGUUUUUGUUUUUUUUGUUCCGGACGCAUCACAUGACGUGGUGUUACUUUCUAAUGAAUGUUUUAGCCAUUUUCAUGGUGGAGAGUUAUAUUUAUGCAGUUGUACAAUUUUUUUUUUUUAUUUUUUAUUUUUUUCCCAGCAGGAGAAAGUGUAAUUAAUGUAUGAAUCCAAAAACCAAAGUCACUGGUCUAAGGUUAGAAACCUAUCAGAUGCAAAGCAGUACCCCAUGUAAUAAAAGAUCUUUUGUUUUGUUGUUUAAAGUUUUUAAAAGUCAUUGUUGAACAUCAGAACACUUGUCACGAGUUGUUGCAUUUGCUCUUGUAAUGUUAUUUAAAUCUGGGUAAGUCCUCAGAAGAAAUAAAUGGACAGACAACUGA